CAGGGCUACGGUCUCUAUCCGGCGUCGAGCGUCAUCAAUAGCGCUUCCAGCUCCACCUACAGUCCACCACUGAACGGUGGCCACUACGAGAGACUGACCAACAACAGCAGCGGAAGCAGCAACGGAAAUGGAACCGCCACCACAACGACCAGCAGUAGUCCGAGUGGUGCCUCUCCCGGUGCUCCAAGUAUCGCCACAACUCCAUCUUCCUCCUCGAGUGCAUCACCACCCCAGUCGGUGGGGGCGUCCGCCCGAUCCGGAUCGGGAUCACCAGCGAGAGGACGUUCGGGGACACCGGGAUCGGCCUCCGCUACACCGUUCGCUCAGCAGCUUCAAUCGAAGGGUCAGCUACCGCUCGGUCAUCCGUUGAUGCAACCGUUGACACCACUGACGCACCUAUCGCCGGGUCGAGGUUCACCACCGAGCAGCCUAAGUCCGGAUGGUGGUUCGUAUUCGCGGAGUGGUAGCCCCAUGAGUCCGGGCAGUCCAAACUCACGCGGUUACCGUAGUCUACCGUAUCCGUUGCGAAAGCGCGACGGAAAGAUGCACUACGAGUGCAAUGUUUGCAGUAAAACGUUUGGCCAGCUGUCUAACCUGAAGGUGCACCUGAGGACACACUCUGGGGAGCGGCCGUUUAAGUGUAACGUUUGCACCAAGUCCUUCACCCAGCUGGCGCAUCUGCAGAAGCACCAUCUGGUGCACACGGGCGAGAAACCGCACCAGUGUGACAUCUGUAAGAAGCGCUUUUCGUCCACUUCGAACCUGAAGACGCAUCUGCGGCUGCACAGUGGUCAGAAACCGUACGCCUGUGAUCUGUGUCCGCAGAAGUUUACGCAGUUUGUGCACCUGAAGCUGCACAAGCGAUUGCACACGAACGAUCGGCCGUAUGUGUGUGCGGGGUGCGAUAAGAAGUAUAUCAGUGCGUCCGGUUUGCGGACACACUGGAAGACCACUAGCUGCAAGCCGAACAAUCUCGAGGAGGAGCUGGCGAUGGCAGCCGCUGCCACGUCCGAGUGUCUCGAUAAGGACGGCCAACCGGAUGGUGAUGGUGGACGUGAGUUCUACGAGAUGCAUUUGUCUUCGUCGCAACAGCAGCAGCAGCAACAGGAUGCCGCCGGUCGAUCGCCACCCCAGAACGGACGCCACCCUUCUUCACCCUCAUCGCAUCAUCACCACCAUCAUCCACAUCUGCACCCGGCACCUGGUUCGUUAACGCCACUGCACACCUCCGAGCAGGUGAUCCACAAGGUGUCGGCCGGUAAGGUGCAGGUGCAGCAUCCUCCCAGCAGUGCAGCAACGAAUGGUACCUCCAGUAGCAGCAACAACAACAACAACAACAACAGCAACAGCACCAACCACAAUCUACCCCCGCAGCAUCAUCUGCAUUAUGCCGGUCAUCUCGUUAGCAACGGUGGUGCUCCGGCCGCCCAUCACUAUCAUCAUCAGCAGCAACAGCAGCAGCAGCAGCAACAGCACCACCACCAUCACUACCAGCAACCAUCACCACAGCAGCCGGGGGCACCGACGACUGCAUCGUCACAGCAAACCUCUUCGGGGGCCACAAACCCUGGCAGCGCACCGGAAACGAGUCGACCGAGCGUGAUCGAGUCGAGCCAGCCGAUGGUGAUCGAGUGCACGUAGCGCCCCGGUGUCAUCCAGCGAGUGCGAGUGUAGAGCGGGGGUGUAUUAGUGACGUAGUCGCACAGGGCAGAGGGAUUUUUUUCGGGGUUUGGCUCACUAGAUCCUAGAUCCUCUGUUGUUAUUGUUGUUGUUCUAUGUUGAUGAUGGAUCGAUCGAGGAGAGAAGAGGCUGCUACUAGCGUUGGACGAACACGGGUCUGCGAGAGGAGGUAUGGCGAAGGGGGCCGCACCGGGGGGCGAUGAUGCUCAUGUUUCUUGGGCGGCAAGAAAGGGGAGGAUGGAGCGGGGUGGGUGGCGAUGCAGGCUGAUAGCUAAGGAGAGGUGAAGAGAAAAAGGUUUAUGUAAAUAUGAUGAUAACUUCCUUUCCUCCGCUAUUCGCCUCUGCAUCGCCAUCCUCCACAUCAUCCCCAUGCGCCCCCCCGUCCUUUCCCCCCCCCCCUCGCUGCGCGUGGUCCACAUGUGAUUAAAGCGAACUUGUUUGGCGGUUAAAUGUGUUUUCGUGUCUUUAACUACCCGGCAAUCUUAGGCGAUAGGCGAUAGGUGAUAAUAAUAAUAGUAGUAGCAGUAAUAAUAGUACUAAUAUUCUAGUAAUAGUAAUACUGAUAGUGAGCCAGCUAAGCAAGUGAGUGUAUGCGUGUGUGCUUGUGUGCGUGCGGAGAUAGAGCAAAAGGAAAAGAAAAGGGAAGCAAGACCCCCGCAGAAGAAGCCUGUAGAUAAAACGGAAACGCAUCAAAGAUCAAAAUUCGAAGUCUGAUAGUGUAUAGAGAAGGAGGCAGGCAAGGGUGGGCCAAUGAGGGGAGAGAAGGGUAGAGGAUUCCCAUGGACACCGCACACGCCAGCCGCCCACAGAGACUGAUAUGCUAGUUUCGUUGUUGUUUGUUGUUUUGUUCUUUUACACCGCAACCGAAAACACACGCGCAACCAGUAAUCCACCAUAGGGUGGAGAGGAGAGGGCGCAAGGGAAGUGCAAAGAAAGAGAGGAGUAAUUUGAGGGCAAAGAGGGUGUGAAGAGGAAGAAGAUGCGCAAACAACUCUCCACGAUCUCUGGAUGCCGUGGUGGUCAAGGCGGUCAAGAGAAAUUGAAGACUAAAUUAUGCUGAUGAGCUGAUGGUGAUACUGAAAAUGAUGAUGAUGAUGAUGAUUAUAUUGGUGAUGCUAUUGGAUGAUGAUAGUGAUAGUUAAGAGUCGAGCCGGUGGAAUGAUUUUUUGCUUUCCAACUGCAACGCGAACGUCGCGUAAGUCAACACCUUAUAGUGUACUACAGAGAGAAAGAGAGAGAGGGAGAGAGGACAAGGAUACGGUCACCCGGAACUGAUUAUCUAAACAACAGACAACACUCGAACAGACUCUCACACAAAACAUUCACUCACAGACACACGCAGAUGUAUGCGUAACGGUUGAUGAGGGGAGAUGUAAUUGAACAUUACAACUUAUAGCUGAAGAUCGGUGCUUUUCCAGAACCCGGAACCCCGCCCGUCCAUACUGCCUGUGCUCAGUUUUGGCGCGGGCGGGAAGGGCUCUAAUAUUAUACCUAUGAUAACUCGAAGUAAGAAUUAACACACAAAAAAAAACAAACAAACAAACAAACAAACAACUGCUAGCUUAAGGGCGCUGAGAAAAAAUCAUUGAAAAAGGAACAAAAAAUGAACAAAAAACAAAACAUAAAUUUAGGAGAUAAGCAAGAGCAGCAGCAGUAAAAGCAACAUGCAGAUGACCUGAUGCAGAGCAGAACACAUAUGGGUGCUAUUUGACUAGGGACAGACAGGGCAUAUUUAUCUAAACCGAGCAUAACUGAUAUUGAUGAUGAUGAUGAUGAUGAAUCCUCUAGCCAGCUUGCGCUCUGCUUUCGGUAGCCGGAAGACGAAGGAAGGGCGAGAGCGAGUUUGUAUUUUUUACACUAUUUUACAAAUCUGCUCCUGGCAUGUGAGCUCCUGGCGGUAAGCGAACCAGGAUGGAUUGAAUGUUGUUUUUGCCUCACUAUUUUUUGUGAUAAGUGAAAAACGCGAUCCCUAUUCUACCUACUGUUCUUCAGAACUGAUCUCUCACAUCACCAACCCCCACAACGCAGCAGCAGCGCAGCGCAAGUUGAGACUGAUUGGCGUUGCACUUCCGCUAGCCACUCCACUGUUUAGUAGAUGCGGUUUUUCCGUUUUAUUCUCUCGUUUUCCCGCGCAUCCGCGAAACGGCUUUUCUUUCAACCAACACCUAUUAGAGGCUGGGAUGCGCGAACGUGUCCCGAGAAUUGAGUUUUUUUACGUUUUCUUUUCUUGUAUCAAUUCUUAGCUAUUUUUCCUAUUUUUGAACGCUGGAGUUCCUGUUUUGUUGAUCUUGUUUUCGUUUUUAUUUUUCGUUAUUUUCCAUUUUUUUUUGUAUUGUUAGUCCAUAAGUACCAGUAGUAGUGUUCCGCUGAUAUGCAAUAGAGCGGUGGGAGCGGAAGGAAAUUCAGCGGAAAUGGUUACACGCAUCACGAAGAUGAGUAGAGUAGUUAAAGAAAACGUAAUUUAAUAAAAACAAAAAUGCAAAAUAACAAAAAACACAAACACAUAUAGAAAGAGAGGGGGAAGAAAGUUUAAAAAAACAACAUAAAAAAAGGCAAACAAACAUGGACUAUCAUCAGGCAUAUUGUCCUAUUCUUGCGCUCCCGGGACCCACUCGGCUUUUUCCCGUGCGCGGCACGCAAAGUGGUCCAUUUUCAAAACGCGUUUUCACCCCUGCGCUGCCCGCGUUGUAUUAGAAAGAGAAGCGGGAGUAUGUGGAGCAUAAUGUAAUGAAGUUUGCUGUGUUUGCGGCAAGCGCAACCGACUGAUUAAUUUGAGUUUAGCGUGUUAAUUUUUAUCCUCCAGUUUUAAGCGACCUUGUCCAGUUCAGUAGUAGCUUCAACCGCGCACCGCUCACAGCAUUUGAACUGUUUUUUUUUUCCUGUCGGAGGCUCCUAGAGCAACAGAUGGGAAGCAGCGCGCGUGAGGGAGCCUCGGUGUGUGCGUGUUAUCAUUCGUUAGCGGAAAGUAUCUCAACAGUAACCUCCCCCCCCCCCUAGUGUCUCUUUGGUGGCGUUUCUUUGUUUUAUGUGUUAUUCGUGUUUAUGGCCGGAGUAGAAGGAGAAAAAAGAGGACGAAGUAGGCGAAAGCAGCAGGCAUAACACUAAACUCUCAUGCAGGAAGCUAUAUACGAAUGCAACGCAAACAAUGUGGAAUAUUAGCGCGAUAGGGUAAUUAGUGACUAGUGUUAGGCAUUACGAUACGAUACGCGAACGGAAGGUGGAAAAUAAUUAGCUUAACUCUCGUAGACUCGUAGACGCCGAACUUCGGGGGAAGACAGGGUGAAGAAGGAGAGCAACACAUCUACACGAAAACACACCGACAGACAUGUAUGGAUCGCCGGCAGGGUUGAUAUUGUAUAGAGAGCGAUAGGGAGCAGGAUACGAGGGCGAACCGUGGAGCAUCAUGUUGCAAUAUGUGAUGUGAUGAGUAGUGAUAAGCUAAGGAGAGAGCUGAAAAACUGAAAAAAAAACUGGAAAGAGUACGAUUACCUAACGAUCGAGCGUGCGCCCGCGUAUCGAUAGGGAACGAAAACAUACAUACAGACACACCGACACAGACACGCACGCUACCUAACUGAUAAUAAUUUAAAAAAAAAACAAAAAACAAGAAACCUAUGCAGUAAGUACGGAUUACAUUUACGCUAAUCGUUAAGU